GCUUUAUGGCAAAGACACCAAAAGGAUUACACCGCAGCCCAGCCUUCCUCAUUCAAGUGCCGCCAGUCGAUUUCCAAGAGGUUCGAGCACACACUUGGUUUCUACUCUUGGUUUUUUUCCCUUGUGUAUUAAAACUGUACUAAAUGGCUGAAUCGAUCUCACUGGAAGAGACCAAUGCAUUACGAGCCAAAUUAGGUCUCCCUGCUCUAGGCGGCGGUGCCGGCGACGGUGAUGCCGAAGAAGGAGAGGAGCAAUCUGUCGAUCGUGACAAAGAAGCCUACGAAAACUAUCAAAAACAAAAAGAAGAAGAAGAAAAGCAAAAGAAAGCCGAAGAAAUUAAGGCACGAAUUGAAAAAUCCAAAAAUCGAAAAAAAAAUUUGGAAAAACUCAAAGGCAAAGGUCUGGGCGAAGUCGACAAUGACGAAAAUGACGAUAGUGCACUAAGUUGGAUUCGCAAAUCACGAAAACGAGAAAAAGAAUUGGCGGAACGACGAGCACGAGAACAAGCCGAGAUGGACGAUGCUUUUGCUACCUCCAGCAACAACGGCGCUACUCGGAGCAAACGAAAAUCGACAGCAAACAACAAUUAUGAUGCUGACGCGCUGUCUGGAUUAAAAGUGGCUCACGACGUGUCUGAGUUCGCAGAAGGUGGCGAGACGAUUUUGACGUUAAAAGACCGUGGUAUUCUGGACGACGAUCACGAUGAAAACGAUCCACAAGAGGCGGUCGAUGAAUUAUCCAAUGUCAAUUUAGAAGACAAGGAACGGCUGCAAAAGAAUUUGGAAAACAAGAAAAAGAAGCCAGGCUACAAUCCAUAUGACGACGAAGAGUUUAUUCUUGGAGGCAAGAAAAAGAGUUUAUUGCCACACUAUGAUGAGCAAACUGGACCUCAAGGAUUCCAGAUUGGUGAACAAGGACGGAUUCUAAGCGAACAAGCUCAAGAAAAACAACAAGAGCAGAGCGUUUCUGAAAAACUCAAGGCACAGACCCUGUCGUAUCAAAAGAUGCAGGAAAUCAAGGACUAUUAUACCCAAGACGAAGUCAAUCUCAGUUUCAAGAAGCCGAAAAAGAAGAAAAAGAGCAAGUUGCGCAAUAAACGAACCAAGCAGCCGGAAGACGAAGAAGAUGAAACUUUAGCUAGUACUACUAGCACAACCACUGAGCAACCGUCCAAAGCAUCAUCAACAACGGCAAAACCAAAAACAAUAGACACGGAUACCAGUUUUGUGGACGACGACGAUCUUCAGAUGGCAUUAUCACGAACACGACGUGCUGUCAACCGCCAACGAGAAAAGAAAUCGAAAAAGAUGACACCGGAGGAAAUCGCACGAUCCAUUGUUGCAGAACGAGGUUAUCAGCAAGGCGAUGAUGGACAAGAGGGAGGAGGAGGAGGCGAUAACGAAGAUGGCGGAUUGGUGCUUUCGGAAAUGACCGAAUUUGUGAAUUCGAUUGGUACGGAAGGCGUAUUUACGCCACGCGAGCCAGCACGGUCUGUACGAGAAGCCCAGGCAGUAGCAGAAAAGGCAGCAAGUGAAUCGCCAGCUGCGCCGAUGCAAGGAACUGAAGAAGCGGUGACUGCCACGACGCUACAAGACGUUCCUGAAGAAGAAGAAGAAUCAACACAGCAAUCCAUGACGAAAAAAGAUGCGGAAGAAGUAAAAGAAGAAGAAGAAGAAGAAGCAUCGACCGCCAUCAUGGAAGAACCGCUUGUGAGCAAGGGUAUGGCAGCGACCUUGUCGCUGUUGAGCCAGAAGGGAUUUGUUGCCAAGGCUACGGAAGAACAGCUGAAGCGGGACCGAGACCAGGCGUCACGGAUGCGAUGGAUUGCGGAGCAAAAGAAGAAAGACGUCCAACGGGAACGCGAACGCGAGCAAGAGAAACAACGACAACGCGAGCGCGAUCGGGAGUAUCGCGGCAGCAAUAUGCAGCAACGAGGAGGCGCGGACCGAGAACGGGCCAGAGAACGCGAGCGCGAGCGCGAACGCGAAAAGGAACUUGAAGAACGCGAGGCGAUGCGAGAAUUUGAAAAACGAAUGGAAGAAUACAAGCCGGAUGUCAAACUCGAAUAUUACGAUGAACACGGCCAUCAGAUGAACACCAAGGAAGCGUUCCGGUUCAUGUCGCACAAGUUCCACGGCAAGACGUCGGGCAAGACCAAGACGGAGAAGCGGAUGGCCAAGUUGGAGGAAGAACUGAAACUCAACAUGAUGAGCAAUAACGACACACCUUUGAAUUUGGCGACCAAACUUUUGGAACGACAGCAGCGGACGGGAAAUGCACAUGUUGUUUUGAGUGUGGGUAAUCGCGGUGUGGCAGCGCCUACUGAUCCAGAACUUGCUGCUGGUGCUUCAUCAUCCACAUCCUCUACAGGAAAACGUGCACGAGCUAUGAGUGAGGAUGAUGAUGACGUUGAUGUACCAAGUGACAAAAAGAGAAAAUAAAAGCUGUCUGAUGAGGA